AUGUCUUUUGGCAGUGGCGGCGGUUUCUCGUUCGGUUCGAGUAAUAAUACUCCAAACACGGGGUUUGCAGGGUUUGGCAGCAAUACCAAUACUAGUACAGGGUUCGGCACAAACACGAGCGCUACAGGUUUUGGUUCCAGCACUGCGACCGCAAAUCCUUUUGGCGGCAGCACAUUCGGAUCCAACACAGGGGGUGCGUGA